GGCCGACAUAUACAACAAAAACCACAAAAAGGAGUAUAACAUUCGUUAUUGUGUGUUGGAAUUGUUAUUGUCAAUAACGAUUACAAAAUAAUAGUGCAUUUUGGACGCGAGUGUGUGUGUGUUUAACAGAACGUCCCGCACACUUAAUUGGAUUCCUUGCGUACGUAAGCAGCAAUCACUUCAAACGGACGGCUCUAGAUAUAUCUAGAGCUAACUUAUAUCAUAUACCAGUUUGAAAAAAAGCAUAAACAAACCAAAACGCGCAUCUUAAUCUCAAAACGAAGAAAAAACUGAGCUGAACACUAAAUUGCAAUAUAAAAUCUCAAGGAGGCUUAAAUUAGUAUAUUUUAAAGUUAAUUGAAUAAUCAAGUUUGCAAGAUCGAAAUAAGCUGUAACGCAGAAUUGAUUUCGUGCUUGUUAAAACAUAUUAACAAUUUAACAACAUAUGGCAUCGUUUGAGGAUACUAAGAUCACUUCGACUACUUCUGUUAUUGAGGAACUUAAACCCAAUAAUUUUCUUGCUUCUUCUUCUUGUAUUGCUACUACUAUAACUGGGAAAGGAGUGACUUCAACUACUUCUAGUACUUCUGAUUUACUUGUUGACAAAUUGGUUGGACCUUUCUCUAUUGAGGACUCCAAAGACGUGUUACCAGCAACUUCUUUGACUUCCAAUAAAUAUAUUGGGUCCCGUUCGUCUUCAUUGACUGGUACCAUGUUUAGUGACGUAUUUGAUGGAAAAGGUGGCGAGCUGGAUUCAGGACCAUUAGAAGAUUCUACUGGUUCUGCAAGUGAUGGUUCGGAUAAAACCUGCAAGAUAUGCAACGCACGUUUUGUAUCCCCACGUGUACUUUCUUGUCUACAUGUGUUUUGUGAAAAUUGCUUGAAGAAAUUACUUAUAGAUGACUCUAUGGCAUCUUCGGCUUCAUCUACUUCUUCUAAUGGAGAUCCUAUUACUCCACCAUUGAAAUCAGCUAUUGAAUGCCCAACUUGUAAACAAGUAACUACGGUCGGACCUAAAGGAGUUGAAUCGUUAAUGUUCGAUUACAUUCAAACUAAUAUCCUUGAUUUAUCUACAAUCGAAGCAGAACAACUUAAUUGCACAUCCUGUAAGAGUAAAGAAAAUGCUAUAUCACGCUGUAGCGAAUGUGCCAAUUUUCUCUGUGGAGGUUGCGACAAGGCUCAUAAAUAUAUGCGUUGCUUUGAAAACCAUGAAGUUGUUAAGUUGGAGGAUAUGCAAAAGUCUGGUUCUGAGAAACCAUUAACUGUGCAUAAACCACUUUUCUGCAGCAAUCACACUACAGAGAAUCUCAAAUACUACUGCUUCAAUUGCCAAAUACCAUUGUGUAAUGAAUGUCUUAUUGGUGAUACACACAAAGGUAGUGAACAUCAUUAUGAUUUGCUUGGUAUAGCUGAUAAAAUUGUACGUGAGGAUGUUGAAAAUUUAAAGAAAGAGGCUCAAUCAAAGGUUCCAUAUUGCGAUUCAUCUGCAGCUAAUCUCUCUAGUGCUCUAUCGGAACUCCAAAAUCAACAUGACAUUGCACGUGAUGUUAUUCAAGAUACAUAUGAAAAAUGUAAAGCAUUUUUGCAAGAAUGCCGUGAAAAGGCAAUGUCUGAACUUAGUAAAUUGCACUCAGAACGUGAACUAAAAAUAAUGGAUUUACUACAAAACCUUGAAAAUACCACUGGACGCAUUGAAAGUACUAACAAGUUUACAAAACGUGUUCUUGAUCAGGCUAACGCUGCCGAAUUUCUCUCAUUGAAAAAAUUGAUUAGUAGCCAAUACAUUAAUUUAAUCAACAAUAUGCCGAAGUGUAACAUCAAUUACUCCUUGACAUUCGAUACCAAGCCUGAGAAAUUCGAGCACUUUGCUUUAGAAUUGUUUGGUUCAUUUCGUACAGAGUCUACACCACCAUCACCAAAGGAGAGCACACCACCUCCUACUUUACCUGGUAUGCCUCCAAUGAUGAAUGGACGAAACCACAUGAACAACUCAAAUAACUCACAAAGUCAGCUGGCAAGCUCUGUUACUGCUAGUAGCCCAAUAUCCCUACCAACUUCUAUGCAAAGCUCAUUUGAAGGUGAACUUUCCGGUAUUGGUAAUGGCUUUAUAUUGCCAAAUGUGCUAACACCAGAUUCACCUCCACAAAGCGCAACAUCGUUACAUCACCAGUUACAUUCACAAAAUAUGCACUCUCAUGGCAAUGUGAAUGGUUUCAAUGGCAUCGGAAAUGGCAUAGGCAGUGGUGUCAAUAAUAAUUUAAACGGUUUAAUUGGCAAUAACGGACUUAACUCUGUUAAUACUAAUUUAUCUAAUGCACCAUUAAAUAAUGCAUUGAAUUCACAAUUAGGACAAGGUAUUAACACAAUAAAUGCUGGUUUAAAUGCGGGUAUAAAUGGUGGAUUAAACAGUUUGUCGAACAAUAUGAAUGUCAACCUCAAUUCAAACUGCUCUGGUAAUGGUGGUGGACCACAGUCCUAUAACAGUAUUGUAGAAUAUAAUUUGUCCCGCCUCGCUCGACUUACCGAAAAUACUAAUGAGCCACUAAGUGAUGCUUUGGUUGGAAAUGGAGCAGGUCAAGGAGUACACCAUCAGUCGGUUGUACCUUCAUCUACGCAAAAUCAACCGAUAACUUUAGCAGACAUUUUAUCUGGUGAUCAGCGUGCACUAAAUAACUUACAAGCUCUAGCAAAACUAGGAAUGACUAAUACUGAUUUUGAUUUGACAACUAGUCAGCUUUUAUCGAGUGGGCCCUCACCAGGUAUUGAUUGUUUAUUAUCAGAUUUCUGCUUACCUCCUGCAACCUCACCCAGUUUACCACCAUUAUCGUCAAUUGGCACCAAUGUUGAAGAUAUGACUAUUACUAAUUUCCAUGCUGGAGCUGGAAAUAAUUCCACUACCAACAUUGUUACUGGUCGUAACAAGGCUACACCAAUGCAGAUACGUUGCAAAUUUGGUUCCUUGGGUACAUCUCGCGGACAAUUUAAUUCUCCGCAUGGAUUUUGUCUUGGUGUUGAUGAAGAAAUUAUUGUAGCCGAUACCAAUAAUCAUCGAAUAGAAGUGUUUGACAAAACUGGUGCACUUAAAUUCAACUUUGGUGUCCCAGGUAAAGAGGAAGGGCAAUUAUGGUAUCCUAGAAAAGUUGCUGUUAUGCAUACAAAUGGUAAAUUUGUUGUUUGCGAUCGUGGUAACGAGCGGUCUCGCAUGCAGAUCUUUUCAAAAUGUGGACAUUUUAUGCGUAAAAUUGCCAUAAGAUAUAUUGACAUUGUGGCUGGUUUGGCAGUCACAUCAAAAGGUCAUAUUGUUGCCGUUGACAGUGUUUCACCAACUGUUUUUGUUAUAUCUGAGGAAGGAGAACUUGUACGUUGGUUCGACUGCAGUGAUUACAUGCGGGAACCUUCUGAUAUUGCUAUUCGAGACAACGAUUUUUACGUAUGCGACUUUAAAGGUCAUUGCGUUGCUGUUUUCCAAGAAGAUGGCACUUUUCAAUAUCGCAUUGGUAACGAAAAAGUUACUUGUUUUCCAAACGGCAUUGAUAUUUCAAAUGCUGGCGAUAUAUUGAUUGGUGAUUCUCAUGGUAAUCGCUUCCAUGUUGCUUGCUAUUCACGUGAUGGUGUUUUACAAUCUGAAUUUGAGUGUCCUCAUGUCAAGGUUUCAAGAUGUUGUGGUUUAAAGAUAACGUCUGAAGGCUAUGUUGUUACCUUGGCAAAAAAUAAUCACCAUGUUCUUGUAUUAAAUACACUCUAUGUUCACUGAUUGCAAAUUAAAGCUCAAAUGAAAUUCUACAAGCAGUACAACAUCAAUAAAAGCAGUUAUAACACCAAUUUUCCAAGCCUCAGCCAAUACGCAAAAGGCAAUAUCAACAAAAUUGAUAUUAAAAA